AUGUAUGCAGGACGCGAGACCUGUGCGGUGGCGCAGGUCAUUCAGAGGCGCCCGUGGUGCUUAGACGUGCUCCAGGACGAGAUGCUUCUGGGGGAAGAGAACGGGUGGACAAAGCAAGUAGGAGGAGCGGCAACGAGUGGGUUCCUCCACCCAAAGCUCUUCUUGAAGGUAGAAAUAAGUGUAGCGUGUGUUGGGGCAGAAAGAAGCGCUGGGGCGUCAGUCACGCAGUGCCUCCUUCUGCUCCUCACCAGCAUUUCAUUAGUUGAGAAAGAAAGGGGGGAAGAGAAAGAGUGGGAAGCACUGCGGUGA